AUGUCUGCUCCCAAGGGUCCCUUCCGUCUCGUGACUGUCAACACCGCCCCCGAGCGCGCUAAGCGUCUCAUCGGCCGUGUCGCCGAUAUCCUCAAGGACCGCUACGAGAUCAUCCACGUCGACAACUGCGACUCCAUUGAUCAGGUUGAGGCCAAGGUCAAGGAGCACCAGCCCAAUGUUCUGUUCAGCGCUUCCAUGUGGUCCGACGAGCAGGCCAAGCAGAUCCACGACAUUGCCCGGUCCGUUGUCCCCGACAUCAAGCUCCACGCCAUCCCCGAAGGCCUGCAGGUCAAGUACGGCCCCGAUGCUAUCGUCGAUUACCUUGUCGAGAAGGUCCCUGUGCUGCUGGACAGCUAG